AUGACACCACCGGUCGAGAGCUGGGAUGUGCAAGAGUUAGAGGCUCGGACGCUGGGGAACGCGAAGGGAAGACGGCGGAAGGACUUUGAGGGCGAGCUGGGAAAGUGCGAGAUGUUGGAGCUGCUGCAGUAUAUGUGUGAAGUGGAAAGGCCGGUGACGAGGGACAGUAAGACGAGGUGUUGGCCUGUGGAGAGACUGUUUCGGAGGUGUCGGGAUAAAGAGGGCUCGUUUAUGGUGGAGACGACGGCUUGGGAGGGGACUGCGAAGAAGAUAUGA